CCGCAAAGCCUGCUAUAGAGAAGGGAGCAUAGUUCGGAGGCAAAACACUAAAAACCACAAGGAACCAGCAGGGAGAAGGGACUCAAGAAAACAAAAGAAACGGCGAGAGGCAGCCCACUAUACAAACAAUCCGGAAUAUGCUCGUAGUGUUUCGGUUACACUACUUGUAAGAAGAGCUAUGGGAGAAACAAGAUGAACAUUCACUGGCAGCGCAUGUUUCUCUCUGGCUACCUCCUGCAGGACGAUGUUUCGAGCGCAGUGGACACAGUGUGAACAUUGAACAGGGCGUCGGGAAAACAUUUAUCCCAUUCUCCGCGCUGUGAAAAUAGUCGUAUACAAGCGAGGGCUAACGUCUUCGGAGUUUGCAAUCAUUAAACAAAAGGGAAAAUCUCUGAACUACGCUGAGAAGCAGUGUCAUACCCAGCACACUGAAGGCUGUGCGAAACCACACUUUGCUGCGUGGCUGAAGCGUACAAGAAUCUCCACCGCUGGAGCCCGGUGUACUGUAUGCUACAAGUAAUUUGUAGAAAGCAGUUGCAAAUUCAGAUGUUCUGCGAUGUUUCUGUUUGAAUGCUGAAGUUUUAGUGUAGCUACACAAAAGCACUCGUUGGUUUCCAGAAGGAAUUUCUUAUUAGGCUAAUUUUGGGAAUUGUGCCCUUUCCCACUUCAGGAUUAAAACGUUGAGAAGGUGUUGAUAAACAAAAAGACCUACGGAUUUAUUUUUGUCGUCAGAACAACUGAGGAUGAAGAAAAGAAAAACGCAUUUGUACUUUCUUUAGAUCUAUUGACGAAUAAUAGGUAAACCAACAGGAUUCUAAACCACUUUUUUCCAAGGGAGUGUCAUUCUGUCUCCAGAUUGUUGUCAAUGAUCUGGUCAAAGAAACUUAACCCUUUACCUGCCUAUUAUACAGUGUAAAUAAUUAUUUGAAUUUGGUGAAAGAAUAUAGCCUAGUUUGAGCCGAGUGGUCAUUACCUUUUUCCGACACAUCAAAUUCAACCGCUCGAGAGUGGACCAAAACACCCACAUGUACUGUGUUAUACAAGCGUCACCUGGAAAAUAACGGUAUACCGACAGAAACAACUUUUAAAACAAGUUUAUUACAAGUUUAUUAGCAAUUACAUUGCGCUCUACGAAAGAGACUGAAAGGAUUACGCCUGUCGCACUCGCGUGCCAGUAGGAAUCGCGGAGUUUCCCACUGAGUGAACCCGGAGCCUCCUGGACGUCAUCUCGCUGGUUCUAAGUAUUGGUAUAAAAACUCAUUUUUUUCACGACCGAAAUGGAGGAAUGGAGACAAUGCGGACGGUGGUUAAUCGACUGCAAAGUCUUGCCCCCGAACCACCGGGUCGUGUGGCCGUCCGCUGCCGUGUUCGACCUGGCACAGGCGCUCAGAGACGGCGUGCUCUUGUGUCAAAUGCUGCACAACCUCUCGCCCGGAUCCGUGGACCUAAAGGAGAUCAACUUCAGACCACAGAUGUCUCAGUUUCUGUGUCUGAAGAACAUCCGGACGUUCCUCAAGGUGUGCCACGAUAAGUUUGGCCUCCGCAGCAGCGAGCUCUUCGACCCCUUCGACCUCUUCGACGUGCGGGAUUUUGGGAAGGUCAUCUCAGCCCUCUCCCGAAUCUCCCAUCACAGCUUCGCCCAGAACAAGGGCAUCAGGCCAUUCCCAUCGGAGGACACAGCGGUAAAUGAAGACGACGUGUACCGGAGUCUGGAGGAGCUGGCAGACGAGCACGAUGUGGGAGAAGAUGACAUCUACGACUGCGUUCCGUGUGAGGACGAUGGUGAUGACAUCUACGAGGACAUCAUCAAGGUGGAAGUUCGACAGCCUAUGAUCAGGUACAUGCAGAAAAUGGGGAUGACUGAGGACGACAAGCGCAACUGCUGUCUGGUGGAGAUCCACGAGACCGAGGCCAAGUACUACAAAACCCUGGAGGACAUCGAGAAGAAUUAUAUGAUUCCACUCAAGCAGGUCCUCAGUCCUCAGGACAUGGAAGCCAUUUUUGUGAAUCUGGAGGACGUGAUUAAAGUCCACUUCUCCCUGCUGAGAGCCAUUGACAUGAAUAUGGUGGGCGGCGGCGGUGGUCUCGGGAAGAUCUUCCUGGAUUUCAAGGAAAGGUUGCUCAUAUAUGGCCAGUACUGCAGCCAGAUGGAGAACGCCCAGAAGACUCUGGACGAGCUAAUUGCCACACGCGAUGACGUCAGGAUGAAAGUGGAGGAGUGCACUUUGAAGGUUCAGGAAGGGAAAUUUAAACUCCAGGACCUGCUGGUGGUUCCCAUGCAGAGGGUCCUGAAGUACCAUCUCCUGCUAAAGGAGCUGCUGAGUCACUCAACUGACCGACCUGAGAGAGAGCAGCUAAGGGAGGCCCUGGAGGCCAUGCAGGAUUUGGCCAUGUAUAUAAACGAGGUGAAAAGGGACAACGAGACCCUGAAGAAAAUCAGCGAAUUUCAGAGUUCCAUAGAAAACCUUCAGGUGAAUCUGGAGGAGUAUGGAAGGCCAAAGAUAGACGGGGAGCUGAAGGUCUCAUCCAUCGUCAACCGCACCAAACAGGACAGGUACAUAUUCCUGUUUGACAAAGUGGUGAUCGUCUGUAAGCGCAAGGGCUACAGCUACGAGCUGAAGGAGAUCAUUGAGCUGCAGUCCUACAAGAUGUCCGACGACCCUAUGAACAACAGGGAUAUGAAGAAGUCCAGUGGAAAAAUGUGGUCCUAUGGGUUCUACCUGAUCCACCUGCAGGGGAAACAGGGCUUCCAGUUCUUCUGUAAAACCGAGGACACCAAGAGGAAGUGGAUGGAGCAGUUUGAGAUGGCCAUGUCCAACAUAAAGCCAGAGAGAGCCACAGCAAACCAGCACAACUUCCAGAUGCACACAUUUGAGAAGAACACCAACUGCAGGGCCUGCAAAAUGCUGCUGAGGGGCAUAUUCUACCAGGGAUACUACUGCUCGCGCUGUGGGACGGGAGCCCAUAAGGAGUGCCUGGAGGUUAUUACCAUCUGUAAGAUAAAUCCACAUGACUCGGAACCUGGACCCACUGCAUCAGGUCCCAAGAUGGUGGCAGUACGGAAUUACCAUGGGACCCCCUCCCCCCCCGGGAAACCCCCCCUCUCAUUCCAGACUGGUGAUGUCAUCGAGCUGCUGAAGGGAGAUCCCGAUACCUCCUGGUGGGAGGGAAGACUCGUCCAGACGCAGAAAACUGGCUUCUUCCCCAACUCCUGUGUGAAGCCCUGUCUAGAUCCCAAGCCAUUCCAGUCCUUUCCCAGUCGGCAGUCGUCUAGAGAAACGGAUUAUUACGUGUACCCAUGGUUUGCGGGGAACAUGGAGCGUCAGCAGGCCGAUAACCUGCUCAAGUCCCACAGCAGCGGAACCUACCUAAUCCGCGAAAGGACCGCCGAGGCGGAGAGAUUCGCCAUCAGCAUCAAGUUCAACGAUGAGGUGAAGCACAUUAAGGUUGUGGAGAAGGACAACUGGAUCCACAUCACAGAAGCAAAGAAGUUUGAGAGCCUUCUGGAGCUGGUGGAGUACUACCAGGCGCACUCCCUGAAGGAGAGCUUCAAGCUCCUAGACACCACGCUGCGGUACCCCUACAAAUCACGAGAACGAUCCACGUCCCGAGCCAGCACCCGCUCCCCAGCCCCCUGUGCUUCCUACAACUUCUCUUUCCUCAGCCCUCAGGGCCUCAACUUCUCCUCUCAGACCUCCGCCCCCUUCUGGUCAGUCUUCACGCCCAGGGUGGUCAGCACGGCAGUGGCCAGGUACAACUUCGCCGCCCGGGACAUGAGAGAGCUGUCGCUGCGGGAAGGGGACAUCGUGAAGAUCUACAGCAAGAUCGGGGGCGACCAGGGCUGGUGGAAGGGCGAGGCCAACGGCAGGAUUGGAUGGUUUCCCUCGACGUACGUCGAUGAGGAAGGAGUGCAGUGAUUGGACAAGAGGCUCUGAUGUCAUCCUUUCUCCUCCACUCAGAAGACUCAGUUCGCAGCCCUCUGAGAGGACUCCUGGGUUUCCACGGAAACUGCCUGUGAAAUAUUUUGCUGGACCCUGGCCUGGUUUUACAGUGAACACGUGUACUAAUGUUUUCUUUGGUCGUGUUAUGAAUCUGCUUGGUUUUUUUAAUUAUAAAAAUGUCCAGACAAGCUACGCGAAGAUAAAAUGGAUUCCGAAGUUGCCGGCUGCCUUUGUCAAACUGAAAUGGGCAGGCUUAUUAUGCAGACUGCCAUAGUGCAACUCAGAGAGUAAACGCACAAUGUGGUGACACAGGAGGCUGGCAACACUCUUGUACAGUAAUACUCUCCUGGACAAAUGCAGGGCAGUGGCAAGGGAGUAAUGUAAUGUAUAAAUAAUUUAUUUUAAGAGAUGGACCAAUAUUAAUGAAUAGAAAGUGGAAAGUCUAAGUCUGUUCUUUUGAACAAAAGCAGCAUCGGAAAGAGGAUGAAGAGAGAAGACACGAAGCGUCUUUGCUGGGAGAAUUUGCCUUAGUUGUCAUGGCAAUGCCUUUGCGGGUAGACAGGGGCGGGGGUGGGGAGGAGGACGGAUAGUUUCGCACAGGAAGUUACUCUGUCCGAGCAGGAAGUUACUCCGUCCACGCACGCUGUGCCUUGGAGACAUAGCCAGCAGCAUCCCUGAACUCUGACUGGUCACAGUCACUGGUCACCGUGUGACACCAAGACCAUGAGCGUGGCGUCCAUUUCAGGAAGCAGGCGGGCGGCACAGACACGAAAUCUGUGGCCAUGACAACCGGAGUGGUCAGAAGAGGCUGCCGCCACAGGUCCCACCUCCGUCAGCCAUCUGCCCAUCAUUGGGCUGUCCGUCCAUCUGUCUAAACCACUGUCACACAGAGAGACCCCAUCCUACAGACCCCCCUCCCCUCUCUUACAGAUGUGUAGUAGCCCCCCCACUGUGGUGAAAUUGAAAUGGGGAAAUUUCAGUGGACUGAGUGCAGCAGCAGUAAUUGCUAUAUUCAGCGGUUAAAAUGGACAGUUGGAAGGGAGGUUGAUACUCUUGAGUUAAAGGGUGCUCAUUUAUCCUUGAGCCAUGUGACAGCACUUUAAAACCAUGGGUACUUGUGUCAAAUGGGAUUCAAAAGGGAAGUUGCAGUCAUUUCAGCGCCCUCUGGAGCACAUGAUGUGGGAAAUCUAUUGAACCUUUUCACUAUGUUUACACACAUCGGAUUUUACCUGAACCCAAACGCUCUACAGACAGAACAAUAUAGCCAUUUCAUUAAAAAAAAAAAAAACCCUCCAAAUUCAACAUGUGUUUUGUACCAGUUUUUACUUUGGAUAUUUUAUCUGUGGUCCUAUUUUUUAAUUUUCGAAGGUAAAGCUGUCACUUUUCGUACCUCUGCCUUAUUUAUUAAUGAACCUCUGGUGCUCUGAUUUUUUUUUUUUUUUUUGAUGUUUAGAUAAUCAGCAACAUCCGUCUUUCUUGUACCGUGGCAACUGGCUGUGUGGACGCCAGCCUCAAUUCUUUAAGGGUGUAUUUUAAAAACAAUUUAAAAAAUAACCUUAUUCAAGUACAGGCAGAAAGUAAGAAAUAUGAAAUAUGACACUAGAACAGGGAGCAUAACUGUAAGGAGAAACAGUGGCUACUGGGUGGGUCAUCUUCUGUUCCAGUGUGUGGAUGGGCCCCACAGUCUGGUAUCUGUUAAGGCUUUUCUAGUUUGUGGAUGGGCCCCACAGUCUGGUAUCUGUUAAGGCUCUGUUCCAGGGUGUGGAGGGGUCCCAUGGUUUUGUAUCUGUUAAGGCUCUGUUCCAGGGUGUGGAGGGGUCCCAUGGUCUUGUAUCUUAAGGCUCUAUUCCAGUGUGAGGAUGGGUUCCAUGGUCUGGUAUAAAUUCUGCCAGUGCUGGCAGGGUGAUGCACAAUUGACUUUCGUGUCACCAAGGGAUGGGAGGUUUUCAGUCAGUUGCAGAGACACCAAGAGUCUUCCUCCAACUAGCGUCUGUGUGGGGCUUGCACAUUAAGAACCUUGUGAUAAGAAGCGGCAGCUGUUCUUCUGAGGAGAGCACAUUUUCAUACACGGCUCGUCAACACGUCCAUGUAUAAGUAAAAUAAUUUGGAAAAACACAAGGGCACAAUUCCAGCCACAUCUAACCAUUGGGAUCAAACCUGUAGACUGAUCGCUUAUUUAUCAUGCACUUCUGUGGUCUAGGUCCGUCAGCCUGAGGUUUAAAGUCCAACAAAGUUGGCUGCAGUUGCCCCAAGGGUGUUAGAAGCUCUAUAGUUCCAGUUCCUUGUAUAGUUGUUUCCCCCAGGCAAGAUGCCCCUGCUGACAGAAACACAUUAGAGAGAGACCACUCCAGGUUUUGGAGAUCCAUGGUCCUCGUAACUCGAGUGAUAUCUGGAAAACCAGGCGCUACAGAGUUCAGUAUCCCAUCUAUCCCAUGAAUCUCCAGUAGACAGGACCACCAUAUGGAAUAAUAGGGGAAUAAUAGGGAAUAGGGGAAAAACAUGAAACAAGCAGGAUCAUUGUUUUGAACACCUGUAGCACCUGUAGUCUUAAGACUACUGGGCGGGUCUGGGAGCAGCUUCACACCCUCUGCUGAGUGACAGGCCAGAGGCCUGACCUUGUCUCCGCGGAAACUGGAACCGAGCGAUCUCCAGGUUGUACGGCCGGAAGAGGAAAUGGAGAAGAUAGGACACAGAGAGCGUUCGGAAAACGGGGAGUUCCACUGCAGUCUCUUGUCAAGGAAACCCGCUGCAUGCGGUUAUAGAGGUCUCAUCUCCUGACUGUAAAUCCUUUGAACAAAGAAACCCUAAAUAUGUUCCUUUUUUUUUUUUUAUUAAAAAAAGGUCAAUCAUUUCAAUUAGAUCUAUCAUUAAAUAAAAUGUCUCUUUUUUUGUUAA